GCACACUCUUAUACGCUCGUUUUGCUUGACUCUCGGAAAUCGACUUCACGGUUUUGUCCAUCCUGCUUGGAGAGCUUCGUUACAAUGGCGUCACGCGCCGACAGCGCACACGAUCUGCUGGACCUGGACAUAUUGACGUUGCGACAAUAUGUCCAGUUGUUUCCAACGGAUGGUUUGUCAAAGGUUCUAACGGGGUAUCUGAGCAGCGGUGCCUCAAGAUUCCCCCUCGUAGAAAAAUCAGAUGAUGACGCCCCAGAUCUGAGUGAAGGCGGGGUAGCUUUGAACCAAAAUGUCGCCCUAUCACAGGAGGACUGUUUGGUGUUGAUGACCGAAGGUAUUCUGGAAGCAAAAAAUUCCCCGCUCGCUCAUUGCUUACUAGGCGAUUACUAUCUCUCGUUGGAGGAGUAUGAGAGCGCCGUCGAAACAACCAGAAAAGGGCUGAAGUUAACUGCCAAUGAGUCCAAAAAGAGUGAUCUGGCAUUUCAAAGAACCAAGGAUGCACUCAAUAGCACACUAGCCACUGCAUUGGUCUAUUAUCAAACACCCCGGAAUCAUCCUGAAGCAAAGCAGAUCUUUCAAUCCAUGCUCAAACGAAAGCCUCAAUUCACGCCUGCAUUGAUAGGAAUUGGUCUCAUCCUGGGAGAGGAGGAGGAGUAUGGCCAAGCAGUAGAUUUCCUCGAGCAAGUUCUGGAACAAGAUCCAUCGAAUGGCCGUGUUGGAGCGGAGGCCGCUUGGUUUCAGGCUCUCAAUGGUGACUACGAAAAGGGUCUUGCAAGAUUGCAAGAGUAUCUAGAUUAUCCUCAGCUCGAUGCUUCAACAACGCGUGGUAGAGAACUUCGUGCCCAGACGCUGUAUAGGAUUGGCGUCUGCAUAUGGGAGCUUAACCCGUCCAAGGCUUCCCGUCGGGAUCGUCAGGGCGCGUAUGCUCGGUUUCUUGCUGCGAUCAAGGCAAACCCCAAUUAUGCACCACCUUACACCAAACUCGGAAUAUUCUACGAAGACUACAGUAAAGACAAGAAGAGGGCAAGACAGUGUUUCCAGAAAGCCUUUGAACUAUCUUCAUCCGAAGUCGUUGCGGCCGAGCGACUUGCUCGGUUGUUCGCUGAUCAAGGUGAAUGGGAUAUAGUUGAAGUAGUGUCGCAGCGUGUAGUCGACUCAGGAAAAGUUCGCAUCACUCCAGGGUCGAAGAAGAAGGGUGUGAGCUGGCCUUAUUCCGCUCUUGGCGUUGUUCAGAUGAACAAACAAGAGUAUCAAAAGAGCGUUGUUUCAUUUUUGUCGGCACUCCGCAUCAGCCCAAACGAUUAUCACUCGUACAUUGGUCUAGGCGAGAGCUACCACAACUCAGGUCGCUACAAUUCCGCGUCGAGAGCGUUCAACUACGCCGAAAAUCCAACAGACGGUGUCAUCAUGAAGAAGCAGGACACCGAGAAUUGGUUCGCGCAAUACAUGCUUGCAAACGUACACAGGGAGCUCAGCGAGUUUGACGAAGCUAUCAAGAGAUACGAAGAUGUUUCGGCGAAGAGAUCUCAAGAGUUCGGAGUGUCCAUUGCACUUGUGCAGACUCUUAUCGAAAAAGCCUGGGCGUGCCUGGAAACUGGGUUCUUCGGAGAAGCUGCUGAUAGUGCUACUCGAGCCAUCGAGGUCGCAUUGACGAUUUCUCAGUACAAACCGGAUGCUUUCAAUUUGUGGAAAGCCGUAGGCGAUGCAUGCAGCAUCUUCACCUGGGUCCAGGAAAAGCUAGAUCGAUACCCAGCGGAGACUGUGGUUGAACUUCUCAACAGCAACUCCACCAUCGACUUGGAUUAUGAUGAAGAGAGGGAUAUCGACGGGGUGGGUAAAGAGCAACUUGUAGGACUGACUUCUGAUAAGACGUCACUUCUACGAAAAGUCAUAGACUCGUCGCUCCUGUCACACAAACGAGCGAUAGCGAGCUGUGCACAUGAUGUUCACGCCCAGGCUGUUGCAUGGUACAACCUAGGCUGGGCCGAUUAUCGCGCUCAUAUUUGUCUAGAGCAGGAAAUUGAGCAAGAUCAAAAUCUAACAACGUUCCUGCGAGGGGCAAUGAAAUGCUUCAAAAGAGCAAUUGAGCUAGAGGCUGGAAAUUCAGAAUUCUGGAACUCGCUGGGUGUCAUCACAACGACUCUCAGUCCGAAGGUUGCCCAGCAUGCUUUCGUACGCUCCCUUCAUUUGAAUGAACGGAGUGUGAGUACCUGGACAAAUCUAGGAACUCUCUACCUAUUGCAGAACGAUCAAGAGCUUGCCCACCUUGCAUUCUCCCGUGCUCAAUCUACGGACCCCGACUACGCUCUGGCAUGGGUAGGUGAGGGUAUCAUUGCUCUGCUCUUUGGAGACACGAAGGAAGCACUAUCCCAUUUCACACAUGCAUUUGAACUAUCCGAAUCGUCCUCAUUGAUCACGAAACGACAAUUUGCUGUGUCAACCUUUGAGUUCUUGCUCACUUCUUCAUCCUCGUCGAACGACAUCACCAACCUCAUACAGCCCCUGUUUGCUCUUCAUCAGCUGGCCUAUCAAGCGCCGUACGAUAUUCCGCACAAACAUCUAGCAGCUCUGUACCUCGAGCGUAUCGGCAAUCAUGACGCCGCCAUUACCGCUCUCACCAGUCUAUGUGAAGCAGCAGAGCAAGACUACGAAAAAUCCGAGUCUACCUCAGCACUUGUUCGAUACGCCCAGGCUAAAAACGACCUUGCAAGGAACCUCCUAGCAAACAACCUCAAUAGCGCAGCCGUAGAGGAAGCCGAGACAGCCCUUGAUCUCCUUUCCGACAUCAACACAGAAGAAAACAAAUCCGCCAUAAGCGCCGAAGCCCUGUCUAAAACGCAACUGUCCGCACGUCUAACAGCAGGUCUAGCGCACUUUUUCCAAGGCGACCUCGAAGAAGCCAUACCGUACUUCCGCACUGCCCUCGAGGCCACAAAGUCCAAUCCAGACAUCAUCUGCUUGUUGGCUGAAGUGCUCUGGGCCAAAGGCGACGGUAACGCCAAAGAGAUCGCGCGCGAGCAGCUUUUCGCCGCCGCCGACUCGCACCCACUGCACAUCGGGAUCGUCACUUUGCUGGGUGCCAUGGCUGUCAUUGACGAGGAUGAAGACACUAUGGAUGCCAUCAACGACGAUCUCGCUCACCUCCGCACUAGCAAGGACCUCUCCGCGGAACAACUCGCCCGCGUGGAGAAGGUCGUAGAUGCGAUCGGCUUCUUCCUUGGUGGAGAGGAGAAGGAGGCCGAUGAGGCACGCACGAGUGUUAUGCUUGCGCCAUGGAAGGCGGUCGGCUGGUCGCAGCUUGCGAGCGCGUCGAAGGGAGAUGGGUUUGCUGCAGCAAUGGCAAAGGAGACGGCGAGUGGAAGUGUGCCUCCGAACGGCACCUUGAAUGCUGUCGGGCUAGCCGGAGCUAUGGCGGGGACUGGCCGCGUUGAAGAUGUGCAAAGGGCUGUUGUUUUGGCGCCUUGGUACAGAGAAGGGUGGAGUGUUCUGUCGCAAUGUAUUGACGGUUCGUGA